AUGCUUGGCGUACGGUUUCUUCAUGUCUUUCUAACAAGAAAAAAGGGCUUGGCCUGGUCUCACUCUCUAGGCGCACGAAAAUCCGAGAAGAAAGAAGCCAUUUUAUCUGCGCUGCGUCGAACACUAAACCUGCAGGUCGAAAUGCCCCGAUUCGGUGACCAAGACUCAAAACCCUACAGGCGCCGGGCGUCUCAUGCUGGCACAUGGUACUCCGAUAGUGGGCCUCUAUUAGGGCAGCAACUGACGGAUUGGCUCGGAGCUUCGGCGCACACGACUAAGCCCGGGAGUGCUGUUCGCGCCAUCAUAGCUCCGCAUGCAGGGUUCAGUUACUCGGCACAGACCGCUGCUUCUGCCUACGCGCAUAUGGAUCCUUCCAAGUUGGCUAGGGUUUUUGUUCUCGGACCUUCUCAUCAUGUUCACAUGCGAAGAUGCGCCGUGUCCACUGCAUCUCGUCUGGAGACUCCAAUAGGCGACCUCGCAAUCGACCAGGACGUGACAAGACAGCUGCUUGCAACUGGUGACUUCGACGCGAUGACAGCACGCAUGGACGAGGACGAACACUCCAUCGAGAUGCACUUACCCUUCAUCAAAAAGGUGAUGGAAGGCCGACCAUGCACAGUUGUUGCCAUCAUGAUCGGAGCACUUUCGGCGGAGCUGGAGGAACACUAUGGCAGGAUCCUGGCGCCGUACUUGGAGGAUUUGACCAAUUUCUUUAUUAUCAGCACUGACUUUUGUCACUGGGGCUCGCGCUUUCGUUACCAGCCCCUGGGUGCUGCUCACAGCGCUAUCCACGAGCAUAUCAGCUGGCUCGACCAUGAGGGCAUGAAGCUAAUUCAAUCUCAGGACGCGGUGGGAUUUCACCGAUAUCUUGCAGAACAUGGAAACACAAUAUGUGGAAGGCAUCCCAUUGCGACCUUCAUCAAUGCAAUCGAGGCCUCGACGGUCUGCAUUUGCGUGACAUGGGUCGAAUACGCACAGAGCACCAAGGUGGUGUCGCCCCAGGAUUCUUCGGUGAGCUACGCUUCGGCCGUCCUUACGCAGAACAAGUGUAGCUAGCUAUGAUGAGGACGUGGUAAUUCUCAGGGCACCUCGGACUCUGCCUCGACGAGGGCCCACCGCGUGCUGGGCACGGUUGCAUCGGAUGUAGGCGUAUUAUGUUAUAUGUAGCAGUUGCUUGAAUGUCAUGUACUCGGGUUUUUUAUUUGCUGUUUGUUGGUGUCGGGCCAGGUGUGCAUACAUGAACACGUUGCCAGUUCAUCAUGUGGUGUGUGUGUACAUCGAAGGGAAGUUGGUGUGUGCUGCUGUUGCAGCCUGACAUGGAAUGCCCUGAACUAUGCUGGGAAAUGGACAAGGCGAGGGAAGACGUACAUGGGGGGUUACCCCCGAGAAACAUCUUUAGAGCAGCUAUCGAAUGUGGGUUCUAUAAGUGAGCAAACACGGGUAGGUGAACCAUUUCCUCAAGGGAGGAGAGGAGAGGGGGAGGAGGGGGAAUACCCCAAAACUCCUGGCCAGUUGGUCGGAUACGUUGGGACCGAUGAUGAAUAGAUGUGGACCGAUAGUCAUCGAGUGUGCACCUGGUAGCGACGAAGGGCUACAAUCAUGCAUGUUUGGGGUUGGUUGCCACUACACAGGUCGUACUGGGCCAGUCAAGCAGUGGGGGCACAACGAGCCCCCCCACAUUCUGUGCCCCUGGGCUUGUCCUACAAUUGGUCGAUUUGGACGCCAGUUUUU